AUGAGACCUGCAGAGGGCAAAACCGCCAGGAUGGGGCCCACGUCGCUGCUGCUGAUGCUCCUAGCAUUGGUGGCAGUGGCCGCUGCGGACCCACAACACGAUGCAUUUGACUCAGGAAAGGAUGACUGCGGGUGCGUACCGAGGUAAAUUUUUAUAA